AUGACCACCUACGAUCUCAACUACGACUACUCCUUUGAGUCUCUGGACUCGUUUGACUACUUGUCCGAGAGCCAGGUGUCGACCGCCGCCACUAGUCCCGGUGUUUAUGACUAUUCGGGCUUUUAUGGAGAUCACAAGGCCCAUGCUGGAGGUCACAGCGGCGGAGUUGUGGGUCACAACGGCAAUGUCGGGGGUCACAGCGGCCACAAGAUGCCUCUGUCUCCCGCCACUCCGAUGCAGACUCCUCGACAGUCCGAGUACAACCACAUGAUCACUCCGGCGACCAUCAUGUCUCGGGCCUAUUCGACCUCGUCGACCCCGUUUGUUGGCAUGAAGCUCAACUUUGAGACCCCGGUGUCGGAAUCUUGUGGCGCUGAUUCGCUACUCACUCCCCAGUCCAUUUCCAUGGACCGAUCGCACUCGCUUCCCGAGUCCGGCGUCAACCCGUUCUACGCUCCGUUCGAGCUUAACCAGGACGUGGUUUCCGACGCCGAGAGCGGCAACUCGCCCACCGACUCGUCGUCAUCGUCCGAGUCUCUCGUGGAGUCCGCCCUCGCCCCGCCCCUGUUCACAAACCCUUUUUACAAGCCCCAGUCGUUUGUCAAGGGCGAGCAGGGUGAUCACGUGUCCGAGCCUUCGCCGGCGCAAGUGACCGAGUCGCCCUCGCAUGUGACCCAAAUGGAGUCGAUGGCAUCCAUGGCGUCGAUGGCUUCAAUGUCUCCCUCGCCCUCGCCUCUGGAGGAGAGCAUGUCUGCCAAGGCGGCCAAGUUGGCACUUUCGCUGGUCGACGAGUCCAAGAACUCGGCCAACUCAGCAAUGCCCGCCAACCAGUCGUUGUUCAAGUCACCCGAGGUCCAGAACCUCUACUCAAUCAUCCACACCCCGCACACCCCCACUGUGGUGCCGCACAACGGUGUCUUGUCGGUGUCGCCCGAGUUUGAGUUCACCGUGUGCGAGAAGAAGUUUGUGUGCAAGCACUGCGACAAGCGGUUCAAGCGCCACGAGCAUCUCAAGCGACACAUGAAGAUCCAUACCGACGAUCGGCCCUUUUGCUGCGAUAUUGAGGGCUGCGGACGCAAGUUUUCGCGAUCCGACAACUUCCGGGCCCAUCGACGGACCCACAUGAAGAAGGGCGGCCGAAACUCGUUUGUCGAGGGCCUUCAGGACCAGUACACUCAUCGACAGAAGCGGCGAUGUUAA